UAACAUUCUACGAUCUAUUAUGCACAUGUCUACACAAUCUCCACCAUAUCCAAAUAUUAAUUAUCCUGUCACUUCUCCUCCAUGGCCAAACUUUACACCAAAUUCUAGUUCUACUCCAUAUCCAAAUUAUCCACCAAGUGACACUUCUUCGUAUCCAGGUAGUUCACCUUUUCCCCAGCAAAUUCCAAUGAAUUCAUCAGCUGGAUAUCCUAGUACAGGAGGGUAUCCAAACACAGGAGGAAAUACUAAUGUAGGAGGCUAUCCAAGCACUGGAGGAUAUCCUAAUACAGGAUAUCCUUCUUCAGGUAAGUUG